AUGGAGAGACUGGCAUUCUUCUGGGAAGAAUUUCAGACUUACCAACUCUUCAAAACAGAAAAGGAAAUUAGGAAGUUCUUCGGAGGGCUCAGAACAGCAGCCAGGAAUAUUUUGGAAGUGAGGAGGUGUGAGAGGAGUAUAGGCGGUACCAUGGAGCUGUGGUCAGGAGGAGCGGCCGAAGGGGCCACCCUUCGUUUAUGCAGAUUCGGCGCCAGGAUUGGCGCCCAUUUCGCGGCGCGAGACGCAGAGACAAACCGUCUGGCCGGCGUCUUGCCCCCCGAAAUUCAACAGGAACGACUGACUCAAGGACUGGAUAAAUCGAACGGUGCUGCCAAAACGUUAGGCGCCGCCCACACUUCGCCGUUGGCCGCUUUCCAAGUUCUGUCCGUUCGGCGUUCGUCCUUCAAAUCGGCGACUAGGAAAAACUUUCCUUCGCAACUUGCCAACAGAUUUCCAUCGCUCAUUCAUUCAAGUUCGAUGGGAUCAAUACCUGCUAGCCACUUUUGA